GUGCAAGGGGCGUUUCCAUGGCAGCCGCCGGGUCAUGUGAUCUCCGUGUCAGCUGACCUCUUCCCCCCCGUCACACUUCCGGUGUCGCUCGAGUAGGGACCGGCUGGCAGGCGGCGGGGACGUUUCAACAUUGCACAGAUUAAACUAACCGUUCACAUCACUUUGGCAGCUGGUGUUUGGGGUACGGGACGAGAGCCUCAGGACGAGUAUGGCGACCAACAGCAUGUCCUACAACGACCAGACUCUGGGGAGUGAAUCGACCGAGUUGGGCCAAGAAGCCACGGCCGUGACUUCAGGAGGAGGGGCAGCAGCUGGGUUCCGGCUCUUCAGCGUAGACUACAAGAAGAAUGAAGACCUUCAUCAAAUGCUGGAGAGCAACAAGGAUUCACUAAAAUUGGAGGCGAUGAAGAGGAUUGUUGGGAUGAUUGCUAAAGGAAAAAAUGCUUCAGAGUUAUUUCCUGCUGUUGUGAAGAAUGUCGCCAGUAAAAACAUUGAGUUGAAGAAGCUGGUAUAUGUUUACCUUGUUCGCUAUGCAGAAGAGCAGCAAGAUUUGGCCUUAUUAUCGAUCAGCACAUUUCAGCGUGCGCUGAAGGAUCCCAAUCAGUUGAUUCGGGCAAGUGCUUUACGAGUUCUUUCCAGUAUUAGAGUGUCAAUCAUUGUUCCAAUAAUGAUGCUGUCUAUUAAGGAAGCUGCCAGUGACCUGUCUCCAUAUGUCCGGAAAACUGCUGCCCAUGCCAUUCAGAAACUUUAUAGUCUAGAUGCAGAGCAAAAAGAACCAUUGAUCGAGAUCAUAGAAAAGCUACUGAAAGAUAAAAGUACGUUAGUUGCUGGAAGUGUUGUAAUGUCAUUUGAAGAGGUUUGCCCAGAAAGAAUUGACCUGAUUCACAAGAAUUACCGCAAGCUGUGUAACCUGUUGGUAGAUGUGGAGGAGUGGGGACAAGUUGUUAUAAUCAACAUGCUCACUCGCUAUGCACGAACACAGUUUGUAAGUCCAUGGAAAGAGGAGGCAAUGCUGGAUGAAAAGAAUGUGGAAGCAUUCUACGAUUCUGAUGAAGACCAGAAUAAAAAUGGUGUUGCUGCUAAAAAACCAUACAUAAUGGACCCAGAUCAUCGACUGCUGCUCCGGAACACCAGGCCAUUACUACAGAGUAGGAAUGCUGCUGUGGUAAUGGGUGUUGCUCAGCUUUAUUGGCACCUUGCACCAAAGUCAGAGGUUAAUAUUGUUGCAAAGUCAUUGGUUCGAUUGCUUCGAAGCCACAGGAAAUUGAAUGUACUAUUGCCGAGUUUGCUGAUGACAAAAAUAGGUGGGAAGGCAAGUUGUAAGGAUGGCAGCAUCGGUAGACAGGUAAAUGAGGUGACGAGCAAAAACUUGACAGAAAAUGUUGUCGCAGAAAGUGUAGUUGUCAUUAAGAAACUACUCCAGACACAACCAUCCCAGCACAGUGAAAUCAUCAAACAUAUGGCCAAGCUUUUGGGCAAUAUUACAGUACCUAUGGCUCGAGCAAGUAUCCUUUGGUUGAUAGGUGAAUACUGUGAGCGUGUCCCAAAGAUUGCACCAGAUGUUCUGAGGAAAGUGGCAAAGAGCUUUACAACUGAAGAGGAGAUAGUGAAACUACAAAUUCUUAACCUGGGAGCUAAACUCUGUUUAACAAAUCCUAAACAGACAAAAUUGCUUAUGCAGUACAUAUUAAAUGUAGCGAAGUAUGAUCAGAACUAUGACAUUAGAGAUCGUACAAGAUUUAUCAAGCAGCUGAUAGUUCCAAAUGAGAAGAGUGGAGCUUUAAGCAAGUAUGCCAAGAAAAUAUUCCUUGUUCAAAAGCCAGCACCAGUCCUCGAAUCUCCAUUUAAAGAUAGGGAUCGCUUUCAACUGAGCACGUUAUCGCAUACACUUAAUACUAAAGCAAAUGGGUAUCUCGAGCUUCCAGAGUGGCCGGAGACUGCCCCUGACCCUUCAGUCCGAAAUGUGGAAGUCAUUCAGCCAAUUAAGGAACUGGUGACGCCACUAGGUAAAUUGAAAGGAAAGAAAGAUAAUUUGGGUGGCAAGUUUUACUCUGAUUCUGAGGAGCAGGAAGACUCCAGUCAAGGUUGUAAAUCUAGUAGUGAGAGUGAAAGUGACAGCAAGAAUGAAGACAGCAGUUCGAGUUCAAGUGAAGAGUCAAGCGAUAGUGAAUCGGAUAAAGAGAAACGGAAUGAAGAAAGCUUUCAUUUGACCUUUGAAUGUAAGCUACUCAAUCAUAAAGCAGUGAACUUUGAUGCUGAAGAUGAGAAAGAAGAGAAUAAAGAAGUAUCGGUUAAGGCUGCUGCCAAACAGGAAGUUUCAUUACUGGAUUUGGUUGACUUUUCUGAUGUGUCAACACCAGUUGCCGUCCCUAAACCAGUAAUGGCUUCAAGAUUAGCAGCUGAUUUGGAAGGAUUAUCACUUUCCAGUACUGCUGCUGUCAUUGAUGUGGCCACUCCAGUGUUUGUUCCUCCAAAAUCGUAUACGCUACUUCAUCGGAUGUCUGGAAAAGGCCUCGGAGCAGAGUAUCACUUUCCACGUCAGCCAUGUAUUUACAAUUCAAAAAUGGUUUCUGUUCAGAUCAUAUUAACCAAUAACUCGGAUAAAGAAAUCAGGAACAUUCGAAUAGGAGAACAGAAGCUCGCAUCAGGGAUGCGCAUACAUGAUUUCUAUGAAAUAGAGUGCCUUCAUCCUGGAACAUCAAAGACUGCUUCAAUGGGUAUUGACUUCUGUGAUUCUACACAGGCUGCCAACUUUCUACUAUGCACGUGCAAUGAUCAUUUCAAUGUCACUGUCCAACCUCCAGUGGGAGAGCUGCUUCUGCCAGUCGCCACAUCUGAAAAGGAUUUCAAGAAAGAGCAAGGAAAACUGACAGGAAUGAAUGAAAAUUCUACAGCAAUCACAGGUUCUCCACAGAAUUCCUCCAGCCAGGCGAUUGUGCAUAAGGUGGUAAACAUGGCUAAUGUUGGGGUUGUGCCUUCUGGCCAAGAUAAUAUUCACAGGUUUGCAGCUAAAACUGUGAACAGUGGAUCUUUGGUACUCAUCACAAUAGAAGUGAAGGAAGGAUCAACAAUGCAGCUGAGGAUAAACACUGAAAAGUCUGUGAUUGGUUCAGUGCUGCUCCGGGAGCUGAAGUCUGUGCUGUCUCAAGACUGACCAGGAUAUAUCUGCAAGCAAGUGUCUGGCAAACAUUGUGCUAGUCAGCCACUGCUGUUGCCUUUCAUUUUAUAAUAGAUUCCCCUCCAUCUGGCAGCAGUAUGUAAACCACACAGUUACAAUCUUGUUAAAAUCUGCUUUGAAAUUCAUUAUAUAAUUUAGCACAAUCCUUUUCUUUCGCUUGCUACUAAAGCAGCACAGUCCCAAGUAACAAACUAAACAUUGUGUGUGGCUGGAUUAAAAGAUCAGCAAAUCUUCUGUUGUAUUGUUUUGGUAUGGUGUUGAGGGGUUUUUUUUUCCUUUGAAUGAGCAAACGUUAAACAUAAGUUAACAUUUAUAACAUUUACUCUUUCAUCAGGAUUGUGUGGAACCACUACUCUUUAAGCAUUUUCAGCCGCUAUAGCUUUUUGUAUAGUUUCCAAGAAAUUAAUUCGAAAAGAAAGGAUCCAUGGUUGCAAAAUAAUCAAUGUCAGGCCAUAUAGUCCAGUGGUGAGUUUAUUGUAGAACUCUUGAAACGACUUCUCUAUUAAAUGGUGAAAACAAUAGUGCAUAAUAUUUUCUUGUGCCAAUCCCUCCCCUAAAUGGAGUCUCUUGCAAUGGUCCAAAAUUAAGAAUAAAAUUCAUCCAAAGAAAUAUAUCUUUUGCCAAAAAAAAGUUUCACCUGUUUGCUGCUUUCUCUUAUGAUACGUCAGUGCCAUUUUAGCUUAUUAAUGUUUUAGAACCCUGAUCUCAGUAUUUUGUUAAGCCUAUUUACAUAAGCUUAAUCAAAUAUGAUGCAUUCAGUUCUGGGAUUGUAUAAAGAAAACUGAACAUUGGAUAUCUGAAAUUAAAGCAGUUCUUUGAAAUCUAGCAAAAUUGAUCAGUAAAUGAAAAGGGAUGAUAAAUUAAUUAUUUGGGUGUAACUAAUUAUCAAGAUUCAUUCAAACAUGACCCCAUCAUUUUGCCAUAUUCAAACAUUAACUGGCAGCCUGUGCAUUUUAAGGAUUUUCUCAUUCUUGUGAUCUGUUUACACAUCUGCACUUCAGCAUUUGGAGGGGGAGCCCAUUUUCCCUCCGAUUCAACCUCCUCCAUUAGGGAACUUGCUUCACGUUAUUCUAGUACACCGCCUAGUGGCAGGCUUAUGAGCAACUUUGCACUAGCUCGGAAAGGAGUCACAACCACGAAGUGGUGCAGGGCUAAAAGAAAGAGGCAAAAUAAUUUCCUUUCUCACCCUUUUUGUAAUGGUUGUGAAUCAUGGCUUUCCUAAGGACUGAAAACUAGUGAUGGCUUUGAGUAGAACAGAAUCUGUGCUUUCACAUGGUAACUAGUUGCAAAGCACUGCAAAAAAUGACAUUUUACAAAUGCUUUCCCGAUGAUUAGAACUUCAUCAAGUUUAGCAGACAUGCUGUUUACAUCUUUUUGGAUGAUUGUUGCAAAUUAUAAUUUCUUGGAGACUAAAGCAGAAUUACCUAAGAAUAUUGGGGAAAAUGCAGUUUGUUAAUGCAUUAUAAUUUUAUUUUAGUGUAAAUUGGGGAAAUAAUGUAAAAUCCUGUUGACCUUUUUCCAGUUCAGAGUAAAAGGGGGAAACGGCUGCUUAUGGAACAGCCUGCUUGUAUCUUAAUCUUGAUUAUGUGCCAAUUUUCCAAUUACUAUUGUUAGUCUACAGAGAAUAGUCGCUUAUAGUACUUGGAGAUGCUUGUAAUGCUGUUUAUUUUCUUCCUCCUCCACUUGCUUCAGAAGUAAAAUACAAAAGUGAGCUUAUUAAAUUUCCAAAUGGGUAAACAGAUUCCAUCUCAGAAUUUAAUUCUGGGGCACUGAGUGCUGCAACUGGAUUUGGUGUAUAUCUCUGUGCAGUAAUUAUUUAAUGAUUAGGAUUCCAAACAGUAUUUUUCCCCUUGUUCUUGUGUAGUUGUUACAUCGGGGACUUGUGUUUGCUGGUGUACAGCUGCUUCAGUUGAUUUACAGUACUGCGGCUGUGGCCAGUCAUAAAUAAAUCCUCUUAUAUAGUUGUUAUGAACACCUGUUAGAUCAUCUGUCAGCAAAGCGCAGUUCACAUUUAUCAUGGUGCGGUAGUUAUUUUACCUCAAUCCAUUUACAGCGGACUCUGCCUCCAUCACUGUAUUACUAUUACUGCACCAUAAUCACUCGUUUCCACUUCGUGUACAACUUGCAGAUAAAAGAUUUCAGUACUUGGCAAAAUUUCAUAAAUAAAGGAGCAGUUCACUGCAGUAAAAGUU